AUGGGUGUGCUGAUGAAUGAAUCGACAACGGCAUACCUCGCGGACUAUACAUCCGCCGGCUCUGGGUCUCACCUGGGAAAAUACAUUGGCUAUACCGACUCCUCCUUCACAUGGCUUGGCCUGACCGGUCCGACUCUCCGCGAAAUCCUCUUCCUCAACCGCCUUCCUGCCAAUUAUGCCUCCUUACAUUCCAUGGGCCUUGCUUACAGUAACGACAACGAGGGGUCCAUGUAUCCGAAAAAUUCAGUGGCUAGCCAGAACUCUAUUGUCGUACCCGACAACGCAGUCGCUCCAGGUGAGUGUGUCGUCUACAAAUGGCUGGUCAACGAAGGAUCCGGACCCACCAAUGCCAAACUUCUGGGGGCCUCGCCGUCAUCCUCGAACUCUGCGCCAAUGCCACAGGCCAGACGGGGGUAUGGCAAUGAAUCCAUUUGGCAGCCUCAAAUGACAAACUUGAUCUCGGCCAAUCAAUUGAACUCAACUCAGGGGCCGACGUCUCAGCGUUGA